AUAUGCAAAAGUUAAGCCUGCCCUCAUCAAUUUGUCAAUGUCCUUAAAGUAAUAAACCCUAUCUCUUCUUUCCCAAUCAAGAUCGUCUAUAUAUAAGAAAGAUUGAAGAAGCCGAUAUAUUUUUAAAACCAAAAAAAAAAAAACCAAACGGUCAACCAAAACUUGUCUGACCCACAAACACUUCUUGAUUCUGUCAUUGAAAAGAAAACUUUUUAAUUUUUGGAUACAUCAUCCUCUCAUUGGAAGAGAGAAACAAUGAAGAAUCCGAUAUUGAAGACAUGGAGAAAAGUGAAGUCUUUUGGGCAUACGAGCUCUUCGACCACACCCUCGUUCACGAAGAGCAAGUCUUGCCAUGGCUCUUUUCGUCUCGAGGAUGCUAAGAGCAACGAAUCAAAAGGAAAGCCGAAGAAAGAGUCGCCGUCACAUGGAUUUUUCACGGUUUACGUUGGUCCCACGAAACAAAGAAUUGUUGUGAAGACAAAACUUCUGAACCAUCCUUUGUUCAAGAACUUGUUAGAAGAUGCUGAGACUGAGUAUGGAUAUAGACGCGAUGGACCCAUUGUUCUUCCUUGUGAGGUUGACUUCUUCUUCAAGGCUUUGGCGGAUAUGAAGUCUAAUCCUGGUCAUCAUGAUCAUGAUGAUGAUUAUGAUGAUGAUGAUGGUUUCACGAAUUCCCCGAUUUGCGGAUUUGUCUGUAGUCCCUAUAGAUCAUACGGUGGUGGUGUUACGGAUCCUCUGGCCAUGAAACGGAACGGCUCAUACAAGCUUCUUCGAUCUCCAUCUUUGUUCAAGUUGACUAGAUUUUGAUUUUCUUCUUCUUUCUUCUAUAUUAUAUAUCUAAGUUCUUGUUCAUAACAUUACCAUAUAUUUUUCUUUUUGUUUUGGCAUGAGUGGAAAUGUGAAAGAAAAACCCUCUCACUUCCUAAAUUUGAAACAAUUAGCUUGAAUUACUUUCAAAUAUUUUGAUGUUGGCUUAUAUCAUAUUUGACACAUUGUUAUUAUGGAUAUAUGGUUUGUAUCUUAAUUUACUUUGAUUUGUGGUUUGUAUCUUGAUAUAGAUAUACAUGAUAGAGGUUUUGGAUGAGUGAGACGAUGAGUUAUAGAGAUAGCUAAAAGAAUUACAUUAAAAAAGAACUGGAUUUAAGGCUACAACAUCCAAUACAAACAUUCCAAA